AUGAACGUUGCCGUAGAUACCGGGUCUAAACCGUAUGUUUGCAAAGAGUGUCGCCGUCCAUUUGCUCGGCAAGAUGCGCUUACUCGUCAUGAGAAGCUGCAUCUCCGAGACGCCAAUGUGAAGAAUGGUCCUUCUCCAACGUUAAUGCCCUUGGCAUCAUUACAUUCGGUGCCAUCAUGGGAUACUAGCAGUGCUUCAACAGCAGGCCCAGCUUCAACAUCUGCCACUAGUCACUCCUGGGAAGAGUCGGCAUCUAAUCCCCAUUCUCACAUGCAUAAUGUUGCCUCCGAUUUGGACUUUGCCCUUGUUUGGCCGGACUCGGAAGAUUUAUUCCAGAGUCUGAUGUCCUCUGAUACGGCAGAUCAAUGGCAGAUGCCCUUAGGGACACUGCCUUUUCCACCUGUCGUGCAGGACAUCAAUGGGAUGAAUUUUGGGUCUCCCAUUUCUUUCAAUGAUCGGAGUUCUUCUGUCGGUGUGAUUCCUUCCGGGGGAGGCCACCAAGCUGUGCGGGAUGUGACGGAAAUGGUGACCAGCUCGUCCUCGAGUGUUACAGCAGCAGUCAAGGCCACCUCUAUCACAUCGGUCUUUCUUGAUGAAUGUCUGCACAUGUUCUUUGUCCGUUUCAUCCCCACCUUCCCUAUCUUACACAGAGCCACCUUUGUAUUCAGGGAAUGCACCCAUGCAUUGUUACUGAAUGCUAUCGCCAUUGGAUCCUUGUACCUCGGUCCUAGUGAUGCCGUGGCCAAAGGUGAAGCUUUGUGGAGACCAGCUCACACCGCCGUCGCCACAUCAUGGCAGUCUUUGAUUACACACAACGGCCCCUAUGAUGCUUGCAAGGGAGUACAACUCUUGAUCACAGCCCUUUUGGGUCAGACAUAUGGUGCCCUAUCCAAGAAUCGGGCUAUUCGCACAACAAGUCAAGUCUUUCGCCCGCUGGGCUUCUUCUGGGCAAGGCACUGUGGCAUGUACGAUAGUGAGCCAUACUCAAUGGAGAACCUCCCCUCCGCCGAUGCACCUGCAGCAGAGAAGGAGCACCAGUGGAGGAUAUGGUCCGCGAGAGAGAUUCAACAACGUGCGUUAUUGGCAUACUAUGUGCUCGAUGGGCUUGUCGCCCAGAUGUCUGGCGAUGGUGCUUCUGCUCGGCAUGUUUCCAACCCGUUGAGCCUUUCUAGUAGCGAGGCUGCCUUUGACGCGAGCAACGCCGAUGAGUGGUUAGUCAACAUGCAUUCCCAGAAACCCGAUCAAUCAUCGUUCCGUGUUGUUUUCCGAUCGUUGUUCCCUCCCGUCGGGAGUUUUCGGGCUCUGGAUUAUCAGUUCUCAGCAUUCUCUCUUCGGGUCGUACUUGAAGGCCUCCAGUCACUGAUCUCAGACUGCGACGAUCACGGACUCACCGUCGGUGUACCUGAUCGUUCUGAUGUUCGAAGAGCACUGGCCCAGGUUCACGAGACCAUUUCCAUGAGUAUCCAUUUCUCUGCCGCUGAACGACUAGAGAUCUUAUUACGAUGGCACACUGUCUGCUUGGACACCAUGAUCAACUCUACGGUUCUGUCUCGUCAUGUGUGUUCUCGCUACAAUAUCCCACAGCACAUAUCUGGUGGCAGUCGAGCAGUUGAACUCGGGUUCGAUCUUUUAGAAUGGGCCAGCACCGAAGAUGCCCGACGUGCAGUACUACACGCCGUCGCCAUCCAAGACAUCGUCGAGCAAUUACCUCGUGGUCGUGCUCAUGUCGUACACAUGCCCAGCUCUCUAUUCGCUGCCGCCACGAUCUACGUUGUUUUUUCUCUUGCUGGCGCUGCUACUGUCAACCUUCCUCGCACAAUUACGCCCUACUUUCCCAUUCAGAUCUCCAUCUGGGCCACGAUGACAUCAGACCUCCCCCCUAGCUCAGACACCCGGCGCUUUGUUGAGAAGGAACAGGGAAUAUCUUCGAAUUCCCCGGGUGGCGCGGUUCGUAACCUCCUGUACGAACUCAACUCAAUGCAGAAGCUUUUCCGCUGCCUAUCGUCACAAUGGGGCAUCGCCUGGGACAUGGAAGGUAUUGUUGCAGAAUGGAUUCAACUCUGUCAUUAG